AUUGGAUUAGCGAUCCGACAUUCUAAAGCUGCUGAGGGAUGGAUCAGUUUGUGGCGCGGUUGGAGCCCUUCAUUGAUGCGUGAUUUGCCAUUUUCCGCGGUAUACUGGACUGGAUACGAGUACCUGAAAAGGAAGGCGUUGCUGACAUUGGAUCGCAAGGAAACAAAUUUUCUCAUCAGUUUUGCUUGUGGUGCGCUAUCGGGCUCAUUGGCUGCAUUUUUGACGACUCCGUUCGACGUUGUGAAAACGCACCGUCAGGUCACACUGGGCGAGGUAAAACUCACUGUAUUAUCGCAGUUGCAAAUGGCUUCUUUAUUGUUUUAA